AGUCAUGGCAGGAUCCGCACCAGAAGGCACUCAAUUUGAUGCUCGUCAGUUUGACCAAAAAUUGAACGAAGUUCUUGAAGGACAAGAUGAGUUCUUCACCUCUUAUGAUGAGUCUCACGACAGCUUUGACGCCAUGGGUCUCCAAGAGAAUCUCCUCAGAGGCAUCUACGCUUAUGGUUUUGAGAAGCCAUCUGCUAUUCAGCAAAGAGGGAUCGUCCCAUUCUGCAAAGGCCUAGACGUGAUCCAACAAGCCCAAUCCGGUACCGGUAAAACCGCAACUUUCUGCUCUGGUGUCUUGCAGCAGCUAGACUACAGCCUUGUCCAGUGCCAGGCUCUUGUUCUUGCUCCAACCAGAGAGCUUGCUCAGCAGAUCGAGAAGGUCAUGAGGGCUCUUGGUGACUACCUUGGCGUCAAGGUUCAUGCAUGUGUCGGUGGAACCAGUGUCCGUGAGGAUCAGCGUAUUCUCCAAGCUGGUGUUCAUGUUGUUGUUGGAACUCCAGGGCGUGUCUUUGACAUGUUGAAGAGGCAAUCUCUCCGUGCUGAUAACAUCAAGAUGUUUGUUCUUGAUGAAGCUGAUGAAAUGCUCUCUCGUGGUUUCAAGGACCAGAUCUAUGACAUAUUCCAGCUUCUCCCACCAAAGAUCCAAGUAGGUGUCUUCUCAGCAACAAUGCCACCAGAAGCUCUCGAGAUCACAAGAAAGUUCAUGAGCAAGCCAGUGAGAAUCCUAGUCAAGCGUGACGAGCUCACUCUCGAAGGUAUCAAGCAGUUCUACGUCAACGUUGAGAAGGAAGAGUGGAAGCUCGAGACACUCUGCGACCUCUACGAGACCCUCGCCAUCACUCAGAGUGUCAUCUUCGUGAACACUAGGAGAAAGGUUGAUUGGCUCACUGACAAAAUGAGAGGACGUGACCAUACGGUUUCGGCUACUCAUGGAGACAUGGACCAGAACACUAGAGACAUUAUCAUGAGGGAGUUUAGGUCUGGCUCAUCGCGUGUGCUUAUUACCACUGAUCUGUUGGCUCGUGGUAUUGAUGUUCAGCAGGUGUCUCUGGUGAUUAACUACGAUUUGCCGACUCAGCCUGAGAACUACCUUCACCGUAUUGGAAGAAGUGGGAGGUUUGGGAGGAAAGGUGUGGCGAUUAACUUUGUGACGAAGGAUGAUGAGAGGAUGCUGUUUGAUAUUCAGAAGUUUUACAAUGUGGUUGUUGAGGAGCUGCCUUCCAACGUUGCUGAUCUGCUGUGAAGGAGAAGUUCGCACUGUCACCUGAGAAGAAAGGUUUACUUGUUUUCUAAGGCACUCUUUGAUCUGAUUUUUCACCUCUUCUGUUCUACUACAAACAUAUCUCUCUCUUGUGGCCAUUUUUAUUUUUAAAAAUCAUAUGGAGUAUUUGUUUCAUUUCGCUGGUUUGUUGUCUUUUGUAUCAAAUAUUUUCGUGGGAGUUUUGUUAUAAAACAUUUUCAUAUCUCGGUGCCCAAGUAGCUCACGUGCUGUAUUCGCCUGUUGCUAGCUUAACUAUUUUCAAAUUGAGAUUAUUG